AUGCCGGCAGGCAGAAUUACUCGCUAUUUUAAAUGCGAAAGUUACCACUGUGCUGAGAAUCCAAAGUGGAAAAAUGCAGACCAUCAGGCGGAAGUACAGAACUGUCCCUGCUGCGAAAUCGAGACAGAGCCUUACAAAAUCAAGUGUACGGGACGAUUAUUCGGCAAUUUCAAAUGCAGAGGAACAAAGAAAAGCUGCGGAAAUCAUUGGAACUCCUCCUAUGCAUUUUGCGGCAGAUGGCAGCAGUGCGCUCGCUGCUUCCAGAAAGUAGAGCCUUAUCAUCUCAUCGAACUGAACGAAAAGAAGGGCAUGUCUGGUCCACCAAAGCCCCACUGGCAAGAGUUCUGCCAAGUCUGCAAAGAUCUACGAAGCCAGGGAAUCUUCCACGGAUGCCAAGGCUUUUUUGAAGAAGCAGAACUGAACCUCAAACAGAAGAAAGAAGAAGUGCCAAAAGUAAAGAAUGGGUACAUGCAGCACAAUCCAAAAAUAAUGAGCCUUUUCGGCGAAAAGAAGAAAAAGCCAGAAAUCAAGCCGAAAAAUAAUGAACCAAAUUAUCAUCCUCAACAACAUCGAGGAGCCGGAAUUCUCGACUUUGAAGCGUUCCACAAAAUGAAUAUCAGAAUUCACGAAGAAGAAAAGGCAAAACAAGAAUCAGACGAAAAAGCAAAACAGAAAGUAGAAAACAAACUGGCGAAAAAGAAAAAAUCAAAGACAAAGAGUAAAGAAGAACCAAGUCAGGACAACGUUCUCAAGAAAAUCGACAAGACUGAGAUCGUCAAAGAAGCCGAAAAAGAUUCGAAAGAAAAACAUCCCGCAGCUGCUUUGGAGAAGAAAAAAUCCAAAAAGAAGAAGACGAAGAAAAAGCCAGUAGAAGAAAACGAGAAGAAAAAAGCGGAGAAAAUCGACCUGAAAUUCCCCUUCGCGAAAUGGCGCGAAUCAAAUGCUUCUUUAGAAAAGUCGAAGGAAAAGUCCGCCAGAGAAAAGUUCGUCGAAGAUCUUGCUCUUCAGAUGAUCACCUUGCGAAUCAAGAAUCGACUGACCAUUCCGACAGGAGCCGGCGAUACGAAUUAG